AUGGCAAAGAUGCUGCCAGCACAGGAAGCAGCAAAGAUCUACCAUACCAACUAUGUGAGGAAUGCUCGAGCCAUGGGAGUCCUUUGGGCACUGUUCACCCUCUGUUUUGCUGUGAUCAUGGUGGUAACUUUCAUCCAGCCCUAUUGGAUUGGGGACAGCAUUGACACUCCACAAGCUGGUUAUUUUGGCCUCUACUCCUAUUGCAUUGGAAAUGCCCUUACGGGUGAACUCAUCUGCAAGGGCAGCCCGCUGGACUUUGGCACCAUCCCUUCAAGUGCUUUCAAAACAGCCAUGUUUUUUGUGGGCAUUUCUACAUUUCUUAUAAUUGGCUGCAUCCUCUGCUUCAGCCUCUUCUUCUUCUGCAAUGCAGCCACUGUCUACAAAGUGUGUGCUUGGAUGCAACUGGCAGCAUGUGCAGGCUUGUCCAUUGGCUGCCUGCUCUACCCCGAUGGCUGGGACUCCCCUGAAGUGAAACGCAUGUGUGGAGAGAAGACUGACAAAUACACCCUGGGAGUCUGCACUGUGCGCUGGGCAUACAUCCUCUGCAUCAUUGGCAUUCUUGAUGCCCUCAUCCUUUCUUUCCUAGCAUUUGUGCUUGGCAACCGGCAAGACAACCUUCUACCCUCUGACUUCCAAGUGGAAAACAAAGCUCCUGAAGAAGACGACACCUCAGAGGCUGCAGUGGGGAGGGCGGCAGCCGCAACUCCGUACUUUGCAGCCGUCCCACUAGAAGGCUUACCGGAGCAAUACCAGGGUUUUGCAGAUGUGUUUGGCGAAAAGGAGGUGGACCAGCUCCUGCCGCAUCGAAAAACUGACUGUGCCAUAGAGAUUCGACUUUGGUGCCGGACGUGGUGGGUACAUUGUGGACUGAACCGCAGUUGGAAUGUUAAGUCACACAUCGAAAGCAAAAUGUCUGCUCGACCUCCAGAUGAGGAAAAUAGUGAACUAGAUGUCUCCGAAAGAGCAGAGAUGAUGAUGCAAGUGACAACCAAUGGACCAGCUGCAACUACGGACAAUGGAACCCCUCUGGAUAAAAGAGAGGAGAGAUUGCCCACUCAUGCUCCGGACAGCUGCUCCUCACAAGGAGACCACAGGAUAGCGGUCACCCCGUGA